AUGUUUAAAGGGAUCGCCAAUAGGAGGUUCUUUUCCACCUCAUUUAAACCAUUGAACAAGAUUAAACCACCGAGAGCAACCAAAACAUCAACAAUUCCACCACGUAAUGUUGAAGUUUUGCAAGCAUCAGUGUUGGGAAAAGUGUUCAAGUAUACAUUGGGUGCAGCAGUACUUGGUGUUUUAGGUGGUGCUGGUGUUGUCGCGUACAAGAUUUACGAAGAAUCCAAGCCAGCAAAACAACAAAAACAAACCCCUUUCUUCCCUGAUGGUCAAAAGAAAAAGACUUUGGUUAUCUUGGGCUCGGGUUGGGGAUCAAUUCCAUUGUUGAAGAAUUUGGAUACUACCUUGUACAAUGUCGUUGUUGUCUCACCAAGAAAUUACUUUUUGUUUACUCCAUUGUUGCCAAGUGUCCCAACCGGUACCGUUGAAUUGAGAUCCAUUAUUGAACCAGUUAGAGCUAUUACCAGAAGAUGUCCGGGUGAGGUCAUUUACUUGGAAGCUGAAGCCACUGGUAUUGAUCCUCAAAAGAACCAACUUUACUUGAAGCAGAGUACCACUGUUCAUUCUGGUCACUCAGGUAAGGAUACCUCAUCAAGUAAAUCCACUGUUUCUGAAUAUACUGGAGUCGAGGAAAUUUCAACCACAUUGAAUUAUGAUUAUUUGGUUGUUGGAGUUGGUGCUCAACCUUCCACUUUUGGUAUUCCCGGAGUUGCUGAACAUUCCACAUUUUUGAAAGAGGUUAGUGAUGCAUCAACUAUCAGAAGAAGAUUAAUGGAUGUUAUUGAAGCCGCUAAUAUUUUGCCAAAGAGUGACCCAGAACGUAAGAGAUUGCUACAAAUUGUUGUUUGUGGAGGUGGCCCAACUGGUGUUGAAGCUGCCGGUGAAAUCCAAGAUUACAUUGACCAAGAUUUACACAAAUGGGUUCCUGAAUUGGAAGGUGAAUUGAAAGUUACUUUAGUUGAAGCUUUGCCAAAUGUAUUGAACACUUUUAACAAAAAGUUGAUUGACUACACCAAAGAAGUAUUUAAAGACACCAACAUUAAUUUAAUGACAAAUACCAUGAUCAAGAAAGUCGGUGACAAGGUUCUCACUGCUUCGCAAAAACAACCUGAUGGAUCAACAAAGACUGUUGAAAUUCCAUAUGGUGUUUUAAUUUGGGCUACCGGUAAUGCUGCCAGAGGAUUCACUCGUGAUUUAAUGUCGAAAAUUGAGGAGCAAAAGAAUGCUAAACGUGGAUUAUUGGUUGAUGAGUGUUUGAAAGUUGAUGGUACUUCCAACAUUUUUGCCUUGGGUGAUUGUACAUUUACCAAGUAUCCACCAACCGCACAAGUUGCAUUCCAAGAAGGUGAAUACUUGGCCAAAUACUUUGAAAAAUUACAUCAAGUUGAAAGUCUUCAAUACCAAAUCCAACAUCCAACACCAAAGCAAAACGUCGACACUUUGGGUAAGAAAUUAGCUAGAGCUGAAAAGAGCUUACCUAAAUUCCAAUACAACUAUCAAGGUUCAUUGGCGUACAUUGGAUCCGAAAAGGCAGUUGCUGAUUUGGUUUGGGGUGACUGGUCAAACAUCACUAGUGGAGGUAAUUUCACGUUUUUGUUUUGGAGAUCAGCUUAUAUCUACAUGUGUCUUUCUGUAAAGAACCAAUGUCUUGUCAUCUUGGACUGGAUGAAGGUUUAUUUGUUUGGAAGAGAUUGCUCAAAGGAAUAG